CCGCGUCCCGACGUGCAGAAUAUCCCUCCGGCGAUGCGGCCACCAGCUAGCUGCUGCCUUCCGCACGCCCUGCCGCAGAUAUUUCUCCAGUCCAGUACGCGCGCAUCACAUACCAAUCGCCUGCGUGCACCGCCCGCCAUUGUGCUGUGCCAUUUCGUCGAGUCACCUGCACUGCCGGUACCGGCAUUCUAGCACGUUGCCAUGGCUACCAUCGCCGCUCCUCCGGCCGCUCUGCAGCCAUGCGAGCACGCGAGGCGGCCGGGCGGCGCGCUCCGGCCACCUCCUCGCGCGUGGAGUGGGAGGAGGAGGUGCUGCCAGGUGAUACGAGCCACAGCGAGCUCCCGCGGCCGACCCGCGGCGACGGGCAGCGGGCAGCUGGAGAGCACUACACUCGGGGCGUCGGCGGGCGGCGAGGACGGCGACGUGAUCCGUAGGCUGCAGAACGGGCCGGACGUGCGCGGAGUGGCGCUGGAAGGCGAGAAGGGCCGGGCCGUGGACCUCACGCCGCUGGCCGUCGAGGUGAUCGGCGAGAGCUUCGGGGAGUGGCUGCGGGAUCAGCGGCGGGAGCGUGAGGGCGAGGAGGGGGAGCAGCUGCGGGUGUCCGUUGGUCGGGACCCCCGGCUGUCCGGGUCGCGGCUCAGCGCGGUGCUGUUCGCGGGGCUGGCCAAGGCGGGCUGCGCCGUCUUCGACAUGGGCCUCGCCACCACGCCGGCGUGCUUCAUGAGCACCAUACUGCCUCGCUUCAGCUACGACGCGUCCAUUAUGAUGACCGCGUCGCAUCUCCCCUACACCCGCAACGGCCUCAAGUUCUUCACCAAGCGCGGCGGGCUAUCCUCGGUGGAGGUCGAAGGGAUCUGCGACCGCGCGGCACGCAAGUACGUCGCGAGGAAGAUGGGGCUCGGCGGCGGCGGCCUCGGCAUGCCCCCGGUGGUCAUGCGCGUCGACCUGAUGAGCGCCUACGCGCAGCACCUCCGGGACAUCAUCAAGGAGCGCGUCGCCCACCCGACCCACUACGACACCCCGCUGGAGGGCUUCAAGGUCAUCGUGAACGCCGGCAACGGCUGCGGCGGGUUCUUCGCGUGGGACGUGCUGGAGAAGCUGGGCGCCGACACGACCGGCAGCCUGCACCUGGAGCCGGACGGCAUGUUCCCGAACCACAUGCCCAACCCGGAGGACGCGACGGCCAUGUCGCUCACGCGCGGCGCGGUGCUGUCCCGCGGCGCCGACCUCGGCGUGGUGUUCGACACGGACGUGGACCGCAGCGGCGUGGUGGACGACGCGGGCGCCGCCAUCAACGGGGACCGCCUCAUCGCGCUCAUCUCCGCCAUCGUGCUGGCGGAGCACCCCGGGACGACGGUGGUGACGGACGCGCGCGCGGGCGACGGGCUCACGCGGUUCAUCGAGGCGCGGGGCGGGCGGCACUGCCUGUACCGCGUCGGUUACCGCAACGUGAUCGACAAGGGCAUGCAGCUCAACGCAGACGGCGUGGAGACGCACGUGAUGAUGGAGACCACCGGGCACGGCGCGCUCAGGGAGAACCACUUCCUCGACGACGGCGCGUACAUGGUGGUGAAGAUCAUCAUCGAGAUGGUCCGGAUGAGGCUGGCCGGGCUGGAGGGCGGGGUCGGGGGCCUCAUCCGGGACCUCGAGGAGCCCGCCGAGUCCGUGCUGCUGAGGAUGGACAUCGUGGGCGAGCCCAAGAGCGCGAAACAGCGGGGCAUCGAAGCCGUCGAGGCUUUCAAGAAAUACAUCGAGGAAGGGAAACUUAGCGGCUGGGUGCUGGAUGAUUGUGGCGACUGCUCGGUUGAUGAGGGAUGCCUUGUGGACAACAACGACCAUCCAAUCGACGUUGACGCAUACAUGUACAGAGCAAAGUUCUAUGACGAGUCUCAGAGGCCACUUGGGUGGGUUCACAUUCGCCAAAGCGUUCAUAACCCCAAUAUAGCACUCAACUUGCAGUCUUGUGUUCCCGGUGGUUGCAGAUCCAUGGCAGUGGAUCUAUUUGAAAGGUUUUUGUUGACAAGUGGAGUAAAUGAGUUUGUUGACACCAGCGAAGUACAGAAAUUUGUUAAGUAGAUCUUAGCCUCGCCACACUCUGUAUAUACAUGAUUAAUUCAGGCCAGAUCCUAGGUGGCAAUAAAGAGCAUACCACUACAUGCUGAACAUUGGCUACAAUGUUCUCCUCAAAUAGAAAUCUUGUUUUUUUUCAAAGAAAGAAUAACACAUUAUAUGUUUAUUUUUUGUGAAAAGGGUCGGACCUGCUGUAAA